AUGGCGGAUCAGGAAAAGAAGGGAGACACCCUGGUGCAGCAGGCCGAUAAGAAGCUUAAGGGAUGGGCCUUUUUUGGCGGGAAAUACGACGAGGCUGCAGAGCUAUUGGAGAAAGCCGCGACGUCGUACAAGGUCGCUAAAGCGUGGGACAAAGCGGCGGACGUAUAUUGCCGGCUCUCAGAGAUCCAGCUCAAGCACCUGGACAGCUCGCACGAGGCGGCGUCUGCGCUCAUAGAGGCCAGCAACGCUCUCAAGAAGACCAGACCCGCUGUGGCAAAGGAGCGGCUGAAGGAGGCCAUAGACCUGUUCAUUGACAACGGCAGGCUCAGCAUGGCAGCGCGCCACUGCAAGGACCUGGCGGAGAUGUACGAGAAGGAGGAGGACGCAGCAAACGCGGUGAUCUGGUUUGGGCGAGCAGCGGACUUCUAUCAGACGGAGAACGCCAACACGAGUGUGAACCAGAUGAAGCUCAAGGUCGCUGAGUACUCCGCUCUCAAUGCUGACUACGCAGCAGCGAUAGAGAUCUAUGAGCAGGUGGCGAGGGACUCGCUGAGCAGCAACCUGCUCAAGUACAGCGUCAAGAACUACCUCCUCAACGCCGGCAUCUGCCAGCUCUGCCGCGCCGACACCGUUGCUGUUAACAACGCACUCGACAAGUACCAGGAAAUGGACCCCACUUUCUCAGACACGAGGGAAUUCAAACUGCUAUCAAGCCUAGCGCAGGCAGCGGAGGAAGGGGAUGCAGAGGCGUUCACAGAUGCUAUCAAGGAGUUCGACAACAUCACUCGCCUGGAUUCCUGGAAGACAACACUGCUACUCCGAGCGAAGAAUUCAGUGAAGGAUGAAGAGCCUCUUACAUAA